AUGGAGGAGGUUCAGUCUCCUGAGUCUCUGUCUGUUAAAGCAGGAGAUUCUGUCUUUAUCAGAUUCACUGGGACCAGCGGAGUUGGAAGCGACAUGAGCUGGCAUCUGCAGAAACCUAGAGAAUCUCCUAAACUCCUGAUCUCUCAAGUCAGUGAACUUAAAUCUGGAGUCCUAGAUCGGUUCAGUGGAAAUGGAUAUUACCCUGAUUUCAUACUGAACAUACAUGGAGACCAGACCGAGGAUGCAGGAGUUUAUUACUGUUCUGUGGGGCAGACUGUGACUCAGUCUGAAGAUCAAGCCGUCGAACCUCAUCAGACUGUGACUAUUCACUGUAAUCAUAAACCAGCUGUAAACCUUAUUAAACCAGGUACCUCUCAGUAUUGCAUGUCCUGGUACCAUCAGAUUCCUGGAGAAGUUCCUAAACUCCUGAUCUAUUACACAUCAGACAGAGCUUCAGGUGUUUCUUCUAGAUUCAGUGGCAGUGAAAGUGGAAACCACAUGGAUUUUAUUCUGACCAUCAGUGGAGUCCAGCCUGAAGAUUCAGGAGUUUAUUACUGUCAGAGUCUAUAUAACAAGGGAGUCUCUGGCACCAAGGACUGGGUGUUCACACAGUGUAAAAGCAUUGUACAAAAACCUACAUGUGUGAGACUGCAGCGAUGCAGCUUUGAGCUUCUGCAGAUGUUUAUGUUGUUGAAGAUCAUUAUUCACCUCACUGACUUUACACAAAAACACAGAGACUCUCUUUUAAUGCUGAACUGUUGA